ACAUCAGUUCGAACUAUUUUAUGUUGACCUAACAGGUGAUUGACCCUUAGAAGCAUCUACUAAAUACUAUCAGCUCCAAACAUUUUUCUCCUCAGCCUCCAGUUUAAGCAACUGUCAACCUUCAGCAAAAGGAGAGAACACCACACCAUAAGACAUGCUGUUCAUCUUACCCAGACUUUGUAGACAACAUCUGAGAAGUUAUGUCCAGUCACAUAUACGUCAGCUGACCACUGGACAACCAAAUGUUUGUAUAGUAGGGGCAGGUCCAGCAGGGUUUUAUACUGCUCAACAAAUUCUUAAGGGGAAUCCCAAUGCUGUUGUAGAUAUCUAUGAGAAGCUUCCUGUACCAUUUGGACUAGUAAGAUAUGGUGUAGCUCCAGAUCACCCUGAGGUCAAGAAUGUCAUUAACACAUUUACACAGACAGCCUCCAAGGACAGGUGUACAUUUAUUGGUAAUGUUACCAUAGGGAAGGACAUAUCUAUAGCAGAUCUGCAGAAGGCAUACAGUGCUGUUGUUCUGUCAUAUGGUGCAGAUAAUGACAGACUUUUAGGAGUACCAGGAGAGAAUUUAAAAAAUGUGAUUUCAGCCAGAUCCUUUGUUGGUUGGUACAAUGGUCUUCCUCAAGAUAUAGAUUUACAAGUAAAUUUAGAUGUAGAGAAGGCAGUAAUUAUUGGACAUGGAAACGUGGCAUUAGAUGUAGCUAGAAUCUUACUAAUGCCAAUUGAUCUUUUAAAGAAAACAGAUAUAUCUCAGUAUUCACUAGAUGCCUUAUCAAAAAGUAGGAUUAAGGAAGUUACUGUAAUUGGUCGGCGUGGUCCAUUACAAGUAGCCUUUACAAUAAAAGAAUUACGGGAAAUGAUAAGACUGCCAGAUUGUAAACCAGUGCUAUCUCAGGCAGAUUUUUUAGGAGUAGAUAAACUAAUACAAGAUUUACCUCGACCCAGGAGACGUCUUACAGAAUUAAUGUACAAAACAUGUAUGGAACCAACAGAAAAAGAUCUCAAGUUAUGGGAAACAGCUCAGAAAUCAUGGUCUUUAUCGUUCUGCAUGAGUCCUUUGGAAAUAUUUGGUGAUAAAGAUGUCACAGGACUGAAAUUGGGGAUAAACAAACUCCAGGGAGAAGACUUAGUAAAACAGUCGGCCAUAUUGACAGACCAGACUAUAGAUAUGUCUUGUGGACUUGUUUUAAGAAGUAUAGGAUACAAGAGUAUAUUGAUUGACCCUGACAUACCAUUUGAUACUAAAUCUGGAACCAUACCAAAUAAGGAAAGUAGAGUAGAAGGGAAACCAGGUAUGUACUGUACAGGUUGGGUUAGUACAGGACCUGUUGGUGUCAUCUUAACUACAAUGAACCAAGCCUUUGAAACAGGGAAAACUGUGGUGAAAGACAUUAAUGAUGGAAUAUUAGACUUGACAAAGCCUGGGAAAAGGGACAUUUUAAAUAUUCUAAAUAGUAAAGGUGUUCAGACAGUAAGUUUUAAAGACUGGGAAAAUAUUGACCAGUUUGAAGUUAAGCAAGGAGAAGAUAUUGGAAAACCAAGAGAGAAAAUGGUAGACAUUAGUCAGAUGGUGUCUGUUGCAAAGAAAUCCUAAAAUAUAUGAACAGUAAAUCUGUUGUUUUGUAUUUAUUUGUACAUCAAUUCAUGUAUAUUUAUCUUUUGCAAAUUUUAGAUGAGUAUUGUAAAAUGAUUUAUCCAAAAAUUAAUUUGCAGGUUGAAAUUCAUUCUAUAUACUGAAAUGAA